AACAAACACAAAGCAAGCAAGUGUAGCUCCGUGUGGACAGUAAACGCGGAAAGACGGUGGGUUGUUCGUGUGUCACAGGUAAAUAUUCCAGUUGUUAACAAAGCAGCGAUGUCUUCACUUCUGUAUUUGAGAGAUGUAAUCCACGGGCGACUAACUGCUGCUGCUGAAGACAUAUUCACACACGUAGAACGAAUCGUCGUCGAGUACGAGGAAGAGGUGGAUCGUCAGCGCAAACAGUUGGCUAUCGUUUGUAAACGUAAAGUCAAGUUACAGCGGAAAGGGCUUCCACAGCAGAAAGUCAAUGAGGAGGAGGAGGAGGGUCAGACUAAGCAGCAGCUCUGUAACCAGGAGAGGAACCCCUUUCUGGACCAAGAGGAACCAGAGUCUCUACGGAUUAAAGAGGAAGAGGAGGCUGAUACCUUUAUGUUGACCCCUGAUUAUGACGAAAGUGAUCACAUGGAACCAGAACCAGACACUGACCACCAGCUCCUUUCUACUGUAGCUGAGAGUCAAGAUCAGACAGAAAUCAACCCUGGAGAAGAACACGUCGCCUUGUACGAGGAAGAGGUGGAUCAGCGCAGACAGUUGGAGAUCCUUUGGAAACCUGAAGUACAGUUACAGCAGAUAGAGCUUCAACAGCAUCAUGAGGAGAAGGUUCUCACUGAGCAGGAGGGGAACUCCAAUGUGGACCAAGAGGAACCAGAGUCUCUUCAGAUUAAAGAAGAAGAGGAAAUCUGCACCAGUCAGGAGCAGCCUGAACUGAAGCAGGAGGCUGAUACCUUUAUGUUGACUCCUGAUAAUGAAGAAAGUGAUCACAUGGAACCAGAACCAGACACUGACCACCAGCUCCUCUCUCCCUCAGCUGAGAGUCAAGAUCAGACAGUCCACACGAAAAAUAUUACAGGUGAAAAGCCCCAUAUGUGCGCCAUUUGUAAGAAAUGCUUUGCAGGUAAAGGGACCUUGAUAAACCACCAAAGAACUCACACAGGUGAAAAGCCCUAUUAUUGUGAAACAUGUGGAAAGUGUUUCUCAGUGAGGUCGACAUUAUCUCGACACAAAAAUAUCCACACACAUGUGAAGCCCCAUAUGUGCAACGUCUGUAAGAAAUGCUUUAGAUAUAUUCGAAAUUUGAUAGAUCACAAAAGAAUUCACACAGGUGAGAAGCCCUAUUCUUGUGGAACAUGUGGAAAGUCUUUUCGACAAAAUUCGCAUUUGAUGAACCACACAAGAACUCACACAGGCGAGAAGCCCCAUGUUUGCAACAUUUGUAAGCGACGCUUUGCACGUAAAGAUACACUGUUAAAACACGAGAAUUCACACCGGUGAGGAGCCAUUUUCCUGUGGCACAUGUGGACUGUGUUUUGGACAAAGAAAAAAUUUGAUAAACCACAGGCAAAUUCACACAGGUGAAAAGCCCCAUGUUUGCAAGAUUUGCAAGAAAUGUCUUUUCUCUAAACA